AUGGGGCCUAACUUCCCUCUUGUUUUAUCUGGUUGUGCUAUAUCUGUUCGUCGUGUUUGCCUGCUUAUUUUUAUUUUUUUGUCCGCCCACGCAUCAUUACAUUACAUCUCCUGUCCCAACAACUUCACACCCGCCGGUGGCCUUAUUCUUCUUGCCACCGUCCAAAUCGGCCCUUCCACAAUCAUAUCGCCCAUCGUCUCGCCCGCCCGCCUGCCCAUCGUCUUGCCCACCUGCCCAUCGUCCCGCCCGCCCGUCCUCCCCACCCAUCAUCCUGCCCAUACUCCCGCCUGUACGCACUGUCCUCCCAGCCAUCAUCUUCCAGCCCGUGCCAUUGCGCUUGUCGUCCCGCCCAUUGUCUUGCCCACCACCGAUACUAUGGACACUUUGGAUGUGCGCCAUUGCCUCAAGAGGAAGGCCAAUGAGCUGAUCACUCCCAUGGAUGAUGUCCUCCUGGAGUGCCCCUCCAAAAAGAAAAGGCAUGGUGGCAAGGCAGCCCGGAAGGCCAACGCCAGGAAGAAUCGGAUGCGUAAGCGCAGGGAGAAAGCCAUCAACCAGGCCAAACUAUCGGUUACUGAGCUGGAACGGAAGCUGGUCCUUUCCCAGAUUGCUGCUGAAACUGCAGUGCUGCUGGUGGCCGAGCUUGCCCCAGGCAUGGCUGCAUAUGACUUCCUCAACUUCAACACGGGGCAUCCGGAACAUGCUGCACAGGUUGAGGCAGAGAAGUACCACGACGAGCGUGUCGCAAGGGAGGAAGACGGCUACUCAGCCAUUGCCCCUGGUACUGCCUGCAUCCUCCAUGAUGCCUUUGUCCUUGCGCAUCUCACCAAUGAUGGCUAUCUUACUGAGGAGAAGCUGCAGGAGCUCCUAUAUCUCCUCAAGGAGAUGAGUGCCCACAUGAGGAUCCAGAAACGGAGCUCAAUUGCUGAGCAUGGUGCUACCUAUGGCAUGGGCUGGGCACGUAGGAAGUACACGGCUGGCAAGAAGCGUGCAUUUGAGUCCUACCUCAUCAAGGCUGGCAAGUUCCGCACAGAGCACGGUGCAACAAUAGAGGAGGCACGCCCUGACCUCUUCAAGUUGACUGAAGAGUUUGCCCUUAGGUUCGAGGAGAUCCUGGGCACAAUAUUUCCCCCUGCCAAGGUUAACAGGGAAAAACAUGCACAAGCUACCAAGGCCCCAGUGUUUAGAGAGACUGCCACCACUGUCAUGUUUGACACCUUCAACUACACCACCGCAGCCCAUUGUGACCGUGACAAUGGGAGGUGCAAGGCAUUUGCAGUGUUCCUCGAGGAACAUGUGCAUGGGUGUGACAGGCAGCAGUGUGCCCGCAGGUGGCGAUUCUUCCUCCCAGAGCUCAAGCGUUUCAUCUCAGUCCAACAUGGCACCAUGGUUGUGUGGGACAGUGAAGUGCUUCUGCAUGGUACUGCUAUUCACUCUCUCCCAGAUGAUGGGGCAUGUAACAGCAAUCGCUGGGCUGUUGUGAGCCAGGUAAAGAAGGGCCACUGA